AUGCUAAACCCUCUCCUCCUCUCCGUUCACCUCCUCUCCUCCCCUCCGCUCAACUCCUCUCCUCCCCUCCGUUCACCUCCUCUCCUCCCCUCCGUUCAACUCCUCUCCUCCCCUCCGUUCACCUCCUCUCCUCCCCUCCGUUCAACUCCUCUCCUCCCCUCCGUUCACCUCCUCUCCUCCCCUCCAUUCAACUCCUCUCCUCCCCUCCGUUCACCUCCUCUCCUCCCCUCCGUUCAACUCCUCUCCUCCCCUCCGUUCACCUCCUCUCCUCCCCUCCGUUCAACUCCUCUCCUCCCCUCCGUUCAACUCCUCUCCUCCCCUCCGUUCACCUCCUCUCCUCCCCUCCGUUCAACUCCUCUCCUCCCCUCCGUUCAACUCCUCUCCUCCCCUCCGUUCACCUCCUCUCCUCCCCUCCGUUCAACUCCUCUCCUCCCCUCCGUUCACCUCCUCUCCUCCCCUCCGUUCAACUCCUCUCCUCCCCUCCGUUCACCUCCUCUCCUCCCCUCCGUUCAACUCCUCUCCUCCCCUCCGUUCACCUCCUCUCCUCCCCUCCGUUCAACUCCUCUCCUCCCCUCCGUUCAACUCCUCUCCUCCCCUCCGUUCACCUCCUCUCCUCCCCUCCGUUCACCUCUUCUCCUCCCCUCCGUUCAACUCCUCUCCUCCCCUCCGUUCAACUCCUCUCCUCCCCUCGGUUCACCUCCUCUCCUCCCCUUUGUUCACCUCCUCUCCUCCCCUCCGUUCACCUCCUCUCCUCCCCUCCGUUCAACUCCUCUCCUCCCCUCCGUUCACCUCCUCUCCUCCCCUCCAUUCACCUCCUCUCCUCCCCUCCGUUCACCUCCUCUCCUCCCCUCCGUUCAACUCCUCUCCUCCCCUCCGUUCACCUCCUCUCCUCCCCUCCGUUCAACUCCUCUCCUCCCCUCCGUUCAACUCCUCUCCUCCCCUCCGUUCAACUCCUCUCCUCCCCUCCGUUCAACUCCUCUCCUCCUCCUCCUCCUCCCCCUUUGUUCACCUCCUCUCCUCCCCUCCGUUCACCUCCUCUCCUCCCCUCCGUUCAACUCCUCUCCUCCCCUCCGUUCACCUCCUCUCCUCCCCUCCAUUCACCUCCUCUCCUCCCCUCCGUUCACCUCCUCUCCUCCCCUCCGUUCAACUCCUCUCCUCCCCUCCGUUCACCUCCUCUCCUCCCCUCCGUUCAACUCCUGUCCUCCCCUCCGUUCAACUCCUCUCCUCCCCUCCGUUCACCUCCUCUCCUCCCCUCCGUUCACCUCCUCUCCUCCCCUCCGUUCACCUCCUCUCCUCCCCUCCGUUGAACUCCUCUCCUCCCCUCCGUUCACCUCCUCUCCUCCCCUCCGUUCAACUCCUCUCCUCCCCUCCGUUCAACUCCUCUCCUCCCCUCCGUUCACCUCCUCUCCUCCCCUCCGUUCAACUCCUCUCCUCCCCUCCGUUCACCUCCUCUCCUCCCCUCCGUUCAACUCCUCUCCUCCCCUCCGUUCACCUCCUCUCCUCCCCUCCGUUCAACUCCUCUCCUCCCCUCCGUUCAACUCCUCUCCUCCCCUCCGUUCACCUCCUCUCCUCCCCUCCGUUCACCUCCUCUCCUCCCCUCCGUUCAACUCCUCUCCUCCCCUCCGUUCAACUCCUCUCCUCCCCUCCGUUCACCUCCUCUCCUCCCCUUUGUUCACCUCCUCUCCUCCCCUCCGUUCACCUCCUCUCCUCCCCUCCGUUCAACUCCUCUCCUCCCCUCCGUUCACCUCCUCUCCUCCCCUCCAUUCACCUCCUCUCCUCCCCUCCGUUCUCUUCCUCUCCUCCCCUCCGUUCAACUCCUCUCCUCCCCUCCGUUCACCUCCUCUCCUCCCCUCCGUUCAACUCCUCUCCUCCCCUCCGUUCAACUCCUCUCCUCCCCUCCGUUCACCUCCUCUCCUCCCCUCCGUUCACCUCCUCUCCUCCCCUCCGUUCAACUCCUCUCCUCCCCUCCGUUCACCUCCUCUCCUCCCCUUCGCUCACCUUCUCUCCUCCCCUCUGCUCAACUCUCCUCCCCUGUGUUCACCUCCUCUCCUCCCCACCACUCGCCACAUCUGCCAAGCUUCAGAACCCGCCACACGCCAUCCCCUCACACCCACCAUCCCCCCAUCCGUCCCUCCUCCCCACCCCACCCCACCCCACCCCACCCCACACCACCUUUGGCAGGCCUGGAGAGGCUGGCUUGAGUUUCUCGGCCUUUCUGUGGGGCUGGGCGGCGUCUCGUACGGCGGGGUGAUCAUGCUACAGUACACCGUGCUGGUCGCCACAGGAGGGGCGAAUGGGGGAGGCUACCUGCUGAACAACUACGAGUCAUUUGCCAUCACAGUGGGCGCAAUUGUCCUCUGCGGCAUUCUCAACUCCUUCUCCAUCAAGUUCAUUGGCCGCCUUGCCGUCGUCAGUGCCGUCUAUCAGAUGGGUCUCGCCAUGGUCAUCAUGAUUCUGCUGCCGUCGGUAGCGCCAGUGCACCAGAGUGCCUCCUUCGUCUUCACUCACCACCACGUGCAGCUGGACGUGUCUCUGCUGCCCACUAUGCCGUACGCCUUCAUAGCAGCGAUGCAGCUAUCCCAGUACUCCCUCUACGCAUACGACACAGCGUACGCCUUCAUAGCAGCGAUGCAGCUAUCGCAGUACUCCCUCUACGCAUACGACACAGUGGCCCACAUGGCAGAGGAGACCAAGCGCUCCGAUCGCGCGUCCCCAGCCAGCAUGGUGCUCUGCCUGUCCGCGGUCAGCCUGCUCGCGUGGGGGCUGCUCGUCGCCUUCACCUUCUGCAUUCAGAACGACGACAACCUCACCAGCCCGGACAGCGUUACGGCCGGCAAUCAGAUCCUGGUUACCAUCAUCUGGGAGGCCUUUUUCGCUCGCUUCGGCAGCGGCACAGGGGCGGUGGUGGUGCUCUCACUCAUCUACAUCGCCUUCCUCUUUGGCGUCUUCGCCGGCAUUCUUGGCGCCUCCCGCGCGGCCUACGCCAUAUCGCGAGACAAGGGCCUGCCAUUCGCGUUCAUCUGGCGGCGGGUGAACCGAGACAAGACGCCCAUCUACUCCGUGUGGCUCUGCUGUGGCGUCGCCAUCCUCUUCUCCCUGCCACUCCUCAAGGACUCUUUCCUCUUCUCCGCCAUCACCUCCCUCGCCACCGUCGCCUGGGUGGGCGGCUAUGCUGUCCCCAUCUUCUUUCGGCUCAUUCAAAGGGAGGAGGACUUUGAACCGGGCCCGUUCUACCUCUCUAAAUACGUCGGCGUCUGGGGCAGGAAACUGAUCAACAUUGGAGCCAUUCUCUUUGUCCUUGAAACAGUGCACGUAUCGCUGGCGGGCGGCGGCCGAGUGCUGGUGCACGUGUCACUGGCGGGGGGCGGGCGGGUGCUGGUGUGGUGGGUAACGAGUGGCAGCACGCCCGCCAGUGUGGAGUAUGGGGAGAGCCGCGGCAAGUACACCAAAACGGCUUCCGGGAGUGUGACUCGUUAUACGCUUAAUGGAUACACGUCGGGGUACAUCCACAAGGUGCUGCUGGGGCGGCCCAGGAAGGACGGCGUCUUAAAGCCCGGCACCACCUACUACUACCGCCUGGGAGGCGCGGGGCCUGCAAGGGCCUUCAAGACGCCGCCGCCAUCGUCCCAACCCAUCAGCGUGGCGCUCGUGGCCGACAUGGGUUCUGCGCCACCAGCAGCCGCCACCAUCUCGCGCCUUUCCCGCACGCCCCACGCCCUCGUGGUCUUCCCAGGGGACCUCUCCUACGCCAACGGCUACCAACCAGAUUGGGACACGUGGCAGUCCCUCAUCCAGCCUGCCUCAUCUCUCCGCCCCUGGAUGAUGGCCCCGGGGAACCACGAGGACGAGGCGGGCGAGGGCGCACCGAGCUCCAACCCCUUCAAGGCGUACAACGCGCGCUGGCCCAUGCCGGCCGCUGCCAGUGGGUCGCCCUCGAACCUCUUCUACUCGUUUGACAGCGGCAGCAUUCACUGGGUCGUGCUGUCCUGCUACUCCGACUACUCCCAGGGAUCCGCUCAGUACAACUGGCUGCAGGCAGACCUAGCCAAGGUGGAUCGCAAGGUGACGCCGUGGCUGAUAGCGGCGUUCCACGAGCCGUGGUAUCACAGCAACAAGGACCACCAUAAGAGCGGCGAGGACAUGCGCCUGGCGCUUGAGAAGCUGCUGUACGCCGCGCACACGGACGUGGUGGUGUGCGGCCACGUGCAUGCUUACGAGAGGACGCUGCCUCUCUACAACAACGCCCAGGACCCCUGCGGCAUGGUGCACCUCACUGUCGGCAGCGGUGGGGCCGACCUUUACACAAG